AUGUCGGACUUUCCAAAUCCUCAUGAAUACUCAGCCAUUCAUGGUUUAAUGAGACUAUUAUCUUAUCAAAAUAACUAUCCAGCUGAUGGAACAGGAUCUCAUUAUUUAUCAGCUCAAGCAAGAAAUCUAGUGGGGUCUCAAAUUCCACCAAUUAUGGUUGAUUAUACUCAAUCAUUACAAUAUAAUUUAUUUGGUGAUUAUCCAACUUCAGCAGAUAUUGCACCAUCUGCCAUAUUUACAACUUUUUUCACGAUCGUUACUAUUGCACAUAUUGCCAUUUUUUUAAUAAAUUUUUCAAGAGGUCAUUAUUUUUGGCCACAACUAGGUUUUAUAUUUUAUAAUAUAUGUAGAGUUUUGGGGUUUGGAUUAAGAAUUCAAUGGUCAAGAGAUUUGACACAGACGGGGAUUGGUAUCACAAGUGAAGUUUUUUUAAUUCUACCUACUGUUUUAAUAGCAAGUUUUAAUUUAAUUUUAGCUCAAAGAAUAUUUACAUGGAGACAUCCUGUUGGAGGUUCAAGAAGAUUAUUUUGGUAUCCAAUGUUGACACUUUAUGCUAUUGUUGCUGGUGUUGUAGCAAUGACUAUUGUUGCAUCAAGCGGUAUAAAUUUAUAUCUUUUGGGAGAACCAAACUAUGCAAGAUACAAGAAAGUAGUUCAAGCAAGCUCAAUAUUAAUUAUAUUAUAUUCAUUAACUUCUAUCUCAUUAAUAGGAUUAGCAUUUUUUUUCAAACCAACAAGAAAAGAUGAAAAUUUAUAUACAUAUCAACCAUGGUGGAUUAAAUCAUUUUCACCAUUUUAUUUUGUUAAAAAAGGUGAACCUCAACAAGCGGCUAUAUCAUUUAUGAAAAGAAAUCAUAAUCAUAGACAUGCGAUUAGAGUUAUCGCAGCUACUCAUCAUCACUACAAAAUUGUUAAAGGAUUAAGUAAUGAAAGAGGUGAUUUAACUCAUAAUGUUUCAAUGUUGAUAAUAUUUAUAACUACAAUUAUAAUUUUGACAAGUUCUAUAUUAAGAUCUGUAGUUUGCUUUCAAGCAAGAAUGAAGUAUGAUAGAGCACCAAUUGGAUCAGCAGUAAUGAUGUAUGUUUGGUGGGGAGCUUUAGAAAUUAUUGUUAACAUGUUAUAUUUAAUCGGUAGAAUAGAUUUAAGAUUCUAUAGACCAGAUAGAUUACCAAAAUCAGUAAGACAAAUAGUAACAGCUGAUCAAUCAUUAUACCCAUCAGAAAUGGAAAGUGAAGAAGAAGAAAAUGAGAAAUUCGAUAAACAUGGUCAACGAAUAUCCUAUGAUGAUACAUUAAAGGGAGAUGAAUAUGGUAAUCAAGAAGAUGAUGAGAACGAUGGUUUUUAUUUCGAAGGAACUAAUGGAUUAAGUUAUGAUGAUGAUGAAGAUAAUGAUCAUGAAGGAUUUGAUUUUGAUAAUUCUUUAAAAAAGAAAAAGUUGACGAGGAAACCUCCUUAUCCAUAUAAUGAAAAAGAAGAUGACGACUCCGAAUUUCAUUUUUAA